GGGUUUUUUCCCGGUGUCCCGCCGGGCCAGUCCGACACUGGCUUUCUCUAACUUGCAUUUCUUAAUGACACCUUAUUCAUAGGCGCAGCCACUAUUUUAGAGCACAGAGAGCUGCUGGCACUAUGGGAAGUCUCUCAUCAGUCUAAUGUCUUAAAUUCAGCUCUGGCCACUGGCCAACAAUGUAUACAGGAGUCAGCAUUCAACAAGUGACAAGUGAUUGUCAGUUGGGAAAUAAAGAAUUCCCUGGAGAAUGUGUUGGCACUUAUGCAUCUGGUUCUUAUUUUAAAGAUUAAAAAAAGACACCCAAUAUUAUAUUUUUCAUACGAGUUAUAUAAAUACAUUUUUAAAAAUACAUACUCUGUAGUCUUUCUGUGCUCUAGGCAUUCACCAUUACUCUACUGACACACGGGAUCUUGCAGCAUUAACUCUGUUAAAAGAGGGAGGGGGCUGGGGGGAUGGAGAGCUCCCACUGUGCAUGCGCAUGAAACUUCCAAGUUAAACUUUUUUGGGUCUGGAAAGGAAGAAAUUCCUCAUUGAUCUAAGGGGCACUGGAAGGAAAGACUGCACAAGGAGAAAGCAGAUCCAAGAGAUUUAUUCCCAGUCAGUCCCCAGCCCAUGAGGACAAUGGGGCUGUUUCAAAUGCCAGGAUUUCUUCUAGUACUGUUGUGGGGAGCUGCCUAUGCCCAGGAGCCAGAAUUCAGCCAUGGCUGCGCAGAAGGGAGCUGCUACCCAGCCACAGGAGAUCUACUGAUUGGUCGAUCAGAGCAACUCACUGCAUCAUCUACAUGUGGCAUCCAAAAACCAGAGUCGUUUUGUAUUGUAAGCCAUCUUCAGGAGGAAAAGAAGUGCUUUGUAUGUGAUUCUCGGGAACCUUACAAUGAACAAAAUAACCCAGAAAGUCACCGUAUUGAAAAUGUAGUCACCACAUUUGCACCAAAUCGACUUAACUUAUGGUGGCAAUCAGUGAAUGGACUGGAGAAUGUUACAAUCCAACUGGACCUUGAAGCAGAAUUCCACUUCACUCAUCUCAUCAUGACCUUUAAGACAUUUCGACCAGGUGCAAUGUUAAUUGAAAGAUCGUCUGAUUUUGGGAAAACCUGGAACGUAUACAGGUAUUUUGCAUAUGACUGUGAGGCCUCAUUUCCUGGCAUUUCCACUGGACCCAUGAAGAAAGUGGAUGAUAUAAUUUGUGAUUCUCGAUAUUCAGACAUUGAGCCUUCAACAGAAGGGGAGGUCAUUUUUCGUGUUUUGGAUCCCGCCUUCCGAAUUGAUGAUCCAUAUAGUCUGAGGAUUAAAAGUAUGUUGAGAAUUACAAACUUAAGAGUCAAGUUCUUGAAGCUUCACACUUUGGGGGACAACCUGCUAGAUUCUAGAGUGGAAAUAAAAGAAAAAUACUAUUAUGCAAUUUAUGACAUGGUAGUUCGUGGAAAUUGCUUCUGCUAUGGCCAUGCAAGUGAAUGUGCUCCAGUAAAAGGAUAUUCUGAUAAUGUGGAGGGAAUGGUGCACGGGCGCUGUGUUUGCAGACACAACACAAAAGGUUUAAACUGUGAGCAAUGUCUUGAUUUCUACCAUGAUUUGCCUUGGAGACCAGCAGAAGGUCGCAGCAGCAAUGCUUGUAAAAAAUGUAACUGUAACGAGCAUUCCACACGUUGUCAUUUUGAUAUGGCUGUUUAUAUGUCUACUGGGAAUACCAGUGGAGGGGUGUGUGAUGACUGCCAACAUAAUACAAUGGGGCGGAACUGUGAGCAGUGCAAACCAUUUUUCUACCAGCAUCCAGAUAAAGACGUACGUGAUCCGAACAUCUGUCAACCCUGCAACUGUGACCCAGCUGGAUCCCAGGAUGGAGGAAUAUGUGACCGCUAUUCAGAUUUCUCUGUGGGCCUUAUAGCUGGACAGUGUCGUUGCAAGCUAAACGUUGAAGGAGAGCGAUGUGAUCAGUGCAAAGAAGGCUUCUAUGACUUAAAUGCAGAAGAUCCAGAAGGCUGCCAGUAUUGUGGAUGUAACCCCCUAGGAACUAUCCCUGGUGGAAACUCUUGUGACUCUAGAAAUGGAAACUGCUUUUGCAAACGCUUUGUAACAGGACGGAAAUGUGAUCAGUGUUCGCCUGAGUUCUGGGGUUUGAGUAAUGACUUGGAUGGCUGCCGACCUUGUGAGUGUGACCAUGGGGGAUCAGAGGACAAUAACUGCUCACCUGAAUCUGGCCAGUGCCGCUGUAGACCACACAUGAUUGGACGUCAGUGCAGUGAAGUGGAGUCAGGCUUUUAUUUUAUUUCUUUAGACCAUUACACUUAUGAAGCAGAGUAUGCAAACUUUGGCCCUGAUGUCCGAAUUGUUGAAAGACCACUCCCCCAUGACCGUACCCCUUCCUGGACUGGUAUUGGGUUUGCAAGAGUUCCAGAAGGUGCAUACCUAGAAUUCCACAUUAAUGACAUUCCAACUUCCAUGGAGUAUGAUCUUUUAAUUCGCUAUGAGCCUCAACUACCAGAGCAGUGGGAAGAAGCUGUUAUCACAGUAAUACGCCCGGGCAAGAUUCCCACUAGCAGCCGUUGUGGGAACACUGUCCCAAGUGAUGAUAAUCAGUCAGUGGCAUUACCACCUGGUUCUCGUUAUAUCACGCUUCCUCGUCCUAUUUGUUUUGAGAAGGGGCUGAAUUACACAAUACGUUUGGAGCUGCCUCGGUAUUCAGUGAAUUCCAAUGUGGAAAACCCAUACACAUUAAUUGAUUCUAUUGUUUUACUGCCUCAUGUCAAAUCCCUUGACAUAUUUAGUAUGGGAGGCUCAGGAGAUGAUGUCACCACCAACACUGCCUGGCAAACAUUCCAGAGGUACAGAUGUCUUGAGAACAGCCAGAGUGCUGUGAAAACGCCUAUCACUGAUGUCUGCAAGAAUUUUCUCUUCAGCAUUUCUGCACUUUUACACAAAGGUGCCUUGGAAUGUCAGUGUGACCCACAAGGAUCUUUGAGUUCUUUAUGCGAUCCAAAUGGUGGCCAAUGCCAGUGUCGUCCCAAUGUCAUUGGAAGAAACUGUGAUAAGUGUGCCCCUGGAACCUUUGCUUUUGGACCCAAUGGAUGCAAAUCUUGUGAGUGUGACGUGAGAGGAUCUUCUCAUGUUUUCUGCCACCCUGAAACUGGUCAAUGUCCCUGCAUUCAUGGAGCAUAUGGGCGUCAGUGUGAUGUGUGCUUACCUGGUUACUGGGGGUUCCCAAGCUGUAGGCAGUGCCAGUGUAAUGGACAUACUGAUGACUGUAAUGUACUUACUGGAGAGUGCACAAAUUGUAAGGAUCAUACCGAAGGAUACAGCUGUGAACGGUGUCUUUCAGGUUACUAUGGAGACUCCAGGCUUGGAUCAGGGGAUCACUGCAGACCCUGCCCUUGUCCUGAUGGUCCAGGAAGUGAGCGCCAGUUUGCCAGUGGUUGUUACAAAGAUCCUACAACCUUGCAGGUGGUGUGCACUUGUAAUAUGGGCUAUACAGGAAUACGAUGUGAUGGAUGUUCCUCUGGGUAUUUUGGAAACCCUGAAGAUAUUGGUGGAAUGUGCCAACCAUGCCACUGUAAUAACAAUAUAGAUAUGUCUGACCCACUGGCCUGUGAUAAACAGUCAGGAUUAUGCUUGAAGUGUCUGUACCACACCGACGGGGAAAACUGCCAACAGUGCCAACUAGGUUAUUACGGGAAUGCCCUUCAGCAGGAUUGUAGAAGAUGUGUCUGCAAUUACCUGGGUACAGAACAGGAGCACUGCAGUGGAGAAAUAGAAUGUCACUGCAAUAGGACAAAUGGGCAGUGUCCAUGCCUGUCCAAUGUGAUAGGACAGAGUUGUGAUAGUUGUGCACCAAACACCUGGAAUUUAGCAAGUGGGACUGGCUGUGAACCAUGUGCAUGUAACACCAAUCGAUCUCUAGGGUUAUCUUGUAAUGAGUUCACUGGCCAGUGCCAGUGCAUGCCUGGAUUUGGCGGACGGGAUUGCAGUGCAUGCCAGGAACUUUUCUGGGGAAAUCCAGACACUGAGUGCAGAGCUUGUGACUGUGAUUCUAGAGGCAUCCAGACAUCACAGUGUAAUCGUGCUACAGGACAUUGCAUUUGUAAAGAAGGAGUUGAAGGAGUUCGUUGUGAUAAGUGUGCUCGUGGGUUUUCUGGUACAUUCCCAAACUGCACACCUUGUCACAACUGUUUUGCCUCGUGGGAUGUCAUUAUCCAAGAGCUUUCCAACAGAACAAGCCAGCUUUUAAACCGUGCCAAUGCCCUGAAGAUCUCUGGAGUUAUUGGACCAUACCAGCAGACUGUUGAUAAAGUGCAAGAGAAAUUAGAUGAAAUCAAGAGCAUUCUGGCUCACAAUCCAGCUACACAACCACUUAAAAACAUUCAGAAUCUUCUUGAGGAAGCAGAGAGGCUAAAAUCUGAAGUUUCCCAAAGAGCUGCUGAAGUGGAGAUGAAAAUAGCAGAAAUUAAAAUUAAUGACACAGAGAAGCUUGAUGCUCUUCAGACAGAUGCUGAAAGCUUUGGAAAAGCAUUAAAAGAACUUGGAGAGCAGUUAGAAUUUAUGAAAAUUUCUAAUGUGCAGGGUGCCAUGGACAGCAUCAACAAAUAUUUCCAGAUGUCUCUGGAGGCACAAGAGAAGGUCAAUGCGUCUGUGUCCAAUCCAGACAGUGUAAUUGAACAUUCAGCUGCUACACGACAGGAAGUGGAAAAUCUAAUAAAUGAAAACUAUGCUCAGUUUAAGAAAGAGCAAGAGGAGCAGACUCGACUGCUGGAAGAAUUUGCUGGCAAUGGGCACAGUUUGGAUCUUUCAUCGCUUUCUGAAAAGACUUGUGGCAACUCUCCUGGUGUGCUCUGUGAGGAUUCUGAAUGUGGAGGCCUUAACUGCAAGACAGAUAAUGGAAAGAGAAAAUGUGGUGGGCCAGGAUGUGGGGGUCUGGUAACUGUAGCCCACAGUGCCUGGAAAACAGCCACAAGUUUUGACACAGAAAUUCAGAACGCACUUGGUGAAAUAGAAGAACUGUCUAAAAUGGUUGCAGAGUCAAAGUUGAGGGCAGAAGAAGCUAAGCAAAGUGCUCAGGAUGUCCUAAACAAAGCAAAUGCCACCAAGGAAAAAGUUAAUCAAAGCAAUGAAGACUUAAGAAAUCUCAUCAAACAGAUAAGAGAGUUUUUAAUGCAAGAUGGUGCUGAUCUGGAUAGCAUUGAAGCGGUUGCUAGUGAAGUACUGAAAAUGGAAAUGCCCACUACCCCUGAACAACUACAGAAGUUGACUGAGGAAAUUCGUGAACGAGUAGAAAGCCUUUCAGGUGUAGACACAAUCCUCAAACAGAGUGCUGGAGAUAUUGCAAGAGCAGAGGCUCUCCUAGAUGAAGCCAAAAAAUCAAGCAAAAGUGCUGCAGAUAUUAAAGCAACAGUUGAUGCUGUGAAGGAAGCAUUAGAGGAAGCAGGAAAAGCUCAAAGCGCUGCUGAAAAAGCAAUUAAGAGAGCAGACGACGACAUCAAAGGAACCAAUGAUCUGCUCACAUCUAUUGAAUCUGAAACAGCAGUGUCUGAAGAGACCUUAAAUAAUGCCACAAAACGGCUUGUUCAAGUAGAAAAAAGCAUUGAUGAUCUAAUGAAGAAAUCAGCUGCCAACUCACAGACAGCAAAUCAGGUUGAAAAAUCUGUAAAUGAAGUCAAAGCCAGUGCUGAUGGAUCCAAAAAGGUUCUGGAUGGGGAACUUAACAAUAAAUAUAAGACAGUUGAAGAAUUGAUAGCAAAGAAAGCAGAAGACUCUGAAGAAGCCAGAAAGAAAGCUCAAGAACUACAAGAGGAAGCUAAAGGGUUGCUAGAACAAGCAAAUGCAAAAUUAGACACAAUCAAAGAUUUAGAAAAGACAUAUGAAGGUAACGAAAAGAUUCUAGAAGAAAAAGCAAAACAGUUAGUUCAACUGGAAGAAACAGUGCGAUCUCUUCUCCAAGCCAUCAGCCAGAAAGCAGCAGUAUAUAGAACAUGCUUAUAAAAAGAUGCAGCAAACAUACAGUCGGGACCAAAUGUUAUUUAUUGGCUAAUAAGUCAAUAUAAAAUGAAGAAUCUUUGUGGCUACUUUUGUUAAAUAAAAUAUGGCUACCACCUA